GGCCUUAUUAUGCCCAAAAAGUUGCCACAGAAAAAUCUUGCUUCCAAGAAGCUCUCAGUGUUUGCAGAUGAGUCAGAUGAAGAGCCAACUGUUGGGGAAAGUCUUCAAAGAGAAGCAUUGAAAAAGCAAGCAAUGAAACAGACUAAACUGGAGAUUCAAAAGGCUUUAGAAGAAGAUGCUACAGUAUAUGAAUAUGACAGUAUUUAUGAUGAAAUGCAGCAGAAGAAGAAAGAAAGCAGUGCCAAGAUGUUUGCUGGAAAUGAUGACAAAAAGCCCAGGUACAUCCACAAUAUCCUCAAAGCAGCUGAGAUUAGAAAGAAGGAGCAAGAAAGACGAAUGGAAAGAAAAAUUCAGAAAGAGCGUGAAAUGGAAGGAGGAGAGUUUGCAGACAAAGAGGCUUUUGUGACUUCAGCUUAUAAGAAGAAGCUGCAAGAAAGAGCUGAGGAGGAGGAAAGAGAAAGAAGAGAAUCAGCUCUCGAGGCAUACCUGGAUGUGACGAAGCAGAGGGAUCUCAGUGGAUUCUACAGACAUCUUUUAAACCAGCGUGUGGGGGAGGAAGAGAUGCCUAAAUGCAGCUUCCGUGAAGCCAGGAUAAAGGAAGAAAAACCUGACAGCCAGGAUGAACCCAAUGAAAGGAGCAAAUGCCUAUCAGAAGAACAAAGAGUGAAGCCCUCUAAGAAAGAAAAUUAUCCAGAUGCUGAUACUGACCUGGGAACUGAUAGUAGUGAUGAUGACAAGAGACACAAGCAUAGUAAAGUAAGUUUGAAAAAGAAGAAAAGAAGGGAGAACUCUGUGAGCAGUGAAGAAGAGGUUAAACAUCACAAAAGCCAGAGGCAUUCCAGGUCACCAAGUUCAUCUAGUGGGGAGGAAGAGCCACGAACCAAAGCCCAAACAAGUCAUCAGAGGGGAGAGAGCAGGCCAAGCAGGAGGGGGAGUGAUGAGCAGUACAGGGAGAAGGAUUAUGAGAGAAGUAAGACCCAUGAGAAGGAUCGCCAGAGGGACAGGGAAGAGCGACACAGGCACGGGGAUCACGCUAGUAGAGAUCACUACAAGAGAAAGGAAGAUCAUGAUGAUAAACAAAAGGGAAAGGAAAGAAAAGAGAGGGAGGGGCAUGGCAGAGAAUGGAAGAAGGCAAAGGAGAGAGAGGAGAAGGGCUCAGAGAAGGAACGAGAGAAAGAAAGAACAAGAAAUGAUAAAGAUAGAUAUGACAGAGAGAAGGAGAGAGGAGAGAAAUACAGGGAAAGGGAGGAUUAUGCAAAGGAAAGGAGAGAGAAAAAUGGCAGUGAUGAAAAGAAAUACAGAGAGAGGAGGGAAAGUACUCCUACGUCUUUAGAAAAGGAUGGAGAGGCUGAUCUCGGUAAAGAGAGAAAGGGAAAAGACAGACAUGUGGAUGAGAAGGGAAGCUCCAGCUCUGGAAUGUCUGGGCAGAAACGUAAAGAUGGAGAGGAAGGAGAGAAAGAGGAGAAAGAACAAGCACAGAAAGCCCCUGAGAGCCUGAGCAAAUUUGCCAAAAGGAGCAACGAGGAGACGGUGAUGUCGGCACGGGACCGAUACCUGGCGCGGCAGAUGGCGCGGGUCAGCAGCAAACCCUACAUCGAGAAGGAGGAGGAUUGAUGGGCUGGGCUGGGCACAGACACAGGGCUGCCAGCCAAGAGAGCCCCCUGGGCUACAGGGAAGGUUAUCCUACCUCUUCAUUCCUGGCUUUCCUUUGAGAAGUUGUGUGUCCCUUAAAAGAACAACUUUUGGGUCUCUUACAUACACCCUUAGAGUCUGUGUGUGCACUUGAAAUGUUAAAUGUGGCUGAUUGUCCACCCUGCCCUUCAGUACCACGUCCUUGGUGCAUGAAGAUUUUGGACAGACCUGAGAGUGUUAAAUAAUAUAAGGUGAGAAUGCAUCCCCUGCUCCUUUCAGCAGCCAAAGCAGUGAGCUCUGCUGAAACAAAGGUGUUCCCAGCCCUUAGGAGGACUCAUUGCCCACUACUGCUCUCAAAAAUGGGAAGCAAACCUGUAAAAGUGGGUGAAAAAGCAAGAAAAACAACCUGAAUAAUGAUCUAGGAGGUUUCUGUAUGUAGAGUGGAGUUUUGUAAGAUAUAUGCACAUUGAGGUAUGAAUUUUGUAUUAUGUGUGGGUUUUAGUCUGGGGACCUGAUGUACAGACACAGUUAAUAAAGUGUAAGAUACAUAUUGG